UAAACCAUACACAACCUUGCCCUAUAAGGCUAUAAAUACAAAACCCUUCUGAAACUACCAUUCACGGAUCCCUCAUCAGUUUCUCUUGUAGCAAAACACACGCUUUGGUGUGUGUUUUCAUCGUCUUCUUCGUGUUAUAUAAUGAUGAGGGUUUUCACUAAAAUGUUCUGGGUGAUUGCAUUGGUGUGUUUGUUUCCAUUGUUGGAUAAUAUCAAUGGCGGAGGAGGAGGAGUUAUGGCUUUUCACAAGGAAUAUAUCCACUAUCAACUGACCACUACAAACAACGUCGAUCAACUUUACAGAACUGGUUACCACUUUCAACCUAAACAGAAUUGGAUUAAUGACCCGAAUGCUCCUAUGUACUAUAAGGGAUACUAUCACUUAUUCUACCAAUAUAACCCAAAGGGUGCAGUUUGGGGUAAUAUUGUAUGGGCACACUCGGUUUCAAAGGACAUGAUCAACUGGAUUCCCUUAGAACCAGCAAUCGUACCAUCAAAACCUUUUGAUAAAUACGGUUGUUGGUCUGGCUCGACCACUAUCCUUCCAGGAAACAAACCUGUUAUUUUGUACACUGGAAUUAUUGACCUAAAGCCCGCACCAGGCCACCAAGUUCAAAACUAUGCAAUACCAGCAAACUAUUCAGACCCACUUCUAAGAGAGUGGAUCAAGCCUGAUGAUAAUCCAAUAGUAAAACCAACUUCAGAGAACGUGUCGUCUUUUCGUGACCCAACAACUGCUUGGUUCAAUAAUGGUCACUGGAAAAUGACCGUAGGCAGUAAGCAUAACAAACGAGGUAUCGUUUACUUGUACAGGAGCCGAGAUUUUGUCAAGUGGACUAAGGCCAAGCAUACACUUCAUGACAAAAAGGAUACGGGUAUGUGGGAAUGUCCCGACUUUUUCCCUGUAUCAACCCAAGGAACGAACGGAGUGGAAACCUCCGCGCUAAUGGGAGGAAUUAAACAUGUGCUUAAGGUUAGCCUUGAUGUGACUAGGUUCGAGUAUUACACGAUUGGGACAUAUAACACAAUGAAGGAUAAAUAUUACCCUGAUAGCACUUCUGUUGAUGGUUGGGCUGGUUUAAGAUAUGAUUAUGGAAAUUUUUAUGCAUCAAAGACUUUCUUUGAUCCUGUUCAAAAACGAAGGAUUCUAUGGGGUUGGGCUAAUGAAUCUAGCACCACCGCGGAAGAUGUCGCAAAGGGUUGGGCUGGAAUUCAGUUGAUUCCACGUAUGGUGUGGUUGGACCCUAGUGGAAAGCAAUUAGUACAAUGGCCAAUUCAUGAAUUGAAAACGUUAAGAGGUGAGAAGGUGCACCGGCGUAAUGUGAAGCUCAACAAGGGUGACAUUGUUGAGGUCAAAGGAAUUACCGCUGCGCAGGCGGAUGUGGAAGCAAGCUUUAAAUUUUCGAGCUUGGAUGAAGCUGAGACAUUUGAUCCUAAAUGGUCUAAGUUACCCGCGGAAAAUCUUGCGUUGGAGAUAUGUGGUAUCACGGGUACUAAACAAGGGGGCUUGGGUCCAUUCGGGUUUUUAACUUUGGCCUCGAACAAAUUGGAAGAGCACACUCCUGUAUUUUUCAGGAUUUUCAAGACCACUGACAACAAGCAUAAGAUUCUUAUGUGUUCCGACGCUAAACCUUCCUCAUUGAACAAGGGUACGUAUAGGCCAUCAUUUGCGGGCUUCGUGGAUGUUGAUCUAUCCAAAAAGAAGCUAUCCCUCAAGAGUUUGAUUGAUCACUCGGUUGUAGAGAGCUUUGGAGAGGGUGGAAAGACGGUUAUAACUUCCAGAGUUUAUCCGACGCUAGCAGUGGGCAAACAUGCACAUUUGUAUCUAUUUAACAACGGUACUGAGACUGUUACUGUUGAUAGAUUGGAUGCUUGGUCAAUGAAGAAUCCUCUUCUGAUGAAUUAAACCAAGUCUAAUUAGUGAAAACUUUAUUUCCAACCAUUUCAUGUUGUGUUAUUUUAUUGGGGAUUAGUUACAUUCUUAUGAAUUUAUCAACUUAUAUUCUGAUUGUAUUUAACUUUUCUCCUUUUCCAAGUUCUUUUUUUUAAUUUGUUGGUUGCUUGUUAGAUA